UGGCGAGUAAGAAACUCCAUUUGAAAAGCUUCAUAUCCGCUGAGUCAGCGUCCCGCGCUUAGAAAUUGAAACAAGUCAUAUUGAACGGCCGAGUCAAACAAUUCUCCUCUCCGCUACCCCACCCCUUCUCUUCAUUACUCAUCAGCACCGAUCAAAAUCCAAUCCAAUUCCUCUCAAAUUCAACAACACAACAAUGAUUCUCACCAGACAAGAUGAUCAUCAUCAUCCCCAAUCUCUCUUCAUCAAUCUCGCCGACCUUCUAAUCGACGACGGCGACGCCAGUAACGUCAAGCUCAGUCUUACUCCAGUUGAUCAAGAGAAUUCAAAACCAGACAAAACGACGACGGUUUUGGAUUGUACGACACCGAAGGCUAAGGAGUAUAAAAUACCUGAUGUGGUGACGUGUCCUCCAGCUCCGAGAAAACGCAAGGCUGCUCCUCUGUCGGUUAAGAAAUUUAAUAUGUCGAGAAAAGUUAGGGUUGUGAAGUUCUUUUCGUCGCCGGAGAUUGAGAGUGUGAUCGGGAUUAAUAGUCGUGUUUCUUCGAAACUGUCGUGGAAUUCUGUUAGACGUCAACGGUAAUUUCUUUGAUUCUUCAGAUUUUGAUAGGUUUUAAAUUUGAAGUCUAUAGUUUUUGUAUUAUAAUGUGUAGAUAGUUGCUAUUGUUGUUUGCUGGUUGAUUUGCUUGCGUUUUCAGAAAUUUUGCUACCGGUUUUUUGAUUUUUUUCGUGUUUUUUGGUUUGAAUUGGGAUCGGUUGGCCGGUCAGAUUUUGUUUGGUUCGGCUGGCCAUGUUUAGAUGAGAAAUUAUCACAUAAUAGAAAAUGAUAACAGAGUUUUGUCUUAUGUUCUAUUGUUAAAUUCAUGAAUUUGAAUUUCAAACUUUAAAUUUUGGUAA